AUGGAGGAUCCUCAGACCUUGGACAUCUCACUAAACUUACUGGUGUGUAAACUGGGCUCACACCAGUACAGGCAGCAUCAGCUCCCACAUAGACCACGUCUGCCCCCCUUUCAGAAACCCUUAAAUCUCCCUCUGAACCUGAAGAACCCUUCAGGGAGGUUUCGCCUGGACUCUUUUCCAUCAUCAUCCAGUUUUAUGUUUAAAAAUCUGCCCGUAACCAUAGCGACACUCCGACUCUAG